AGCUUGGACUCAUAUAAACCACCGUGAUAGAACGGAACUCACUUAAAUUAGCGAGGCUUAUCGAAAUAAGUCAGGCUAUUAAGUUAGCCAGCUUGAUAGAACACCCCCCUGUUCAACGUGCUAGUGUGUUAGUGUUUAUGAAGAGGAGCAGAGGAAACGAUCAUCGUCAAUGAAGCAUACACACCUUAACACUAGAUUUCACAAUCUUAUUUGGAAAUAGGUGGCAGUAAUGCCGGUUUGCCAACAAGGAAGAAGACGGAAACGUGCUACAAUCUGGAUGCUAAAGGAAGAACCUUUUCAUCAAUGAACAUGGCACUCAAGUCAGGAGAGAACCGUCUGAAAGAGAUGGAGGCUGAGAUGGCUCUUUUUGAGCAGGAGGUUCUCGGUGGUCCAGUACCGGUAUCAGGAAGCCCACCUCUCAUGGAAGCAGUACCUGUAGCUCUGGCUGUCCCCGCUGUCCCAGCGCUUCCAGUGGUGCGACCAAUUAUAGGCACCAACACCUACAGACAGGUCCAGCAAACAUUAGAAGCCAGAGCUGCAAGUUUUGUUGGUCCUCCACCUCCAGCCUUUGUAGGACCAGUCCCUCCAUUACGUCCUCCCCCUCCUCCCAUGAUGAGACCAGCCUUCGUCCCCCAUAUUCUGCAGAGACCCGGUGGUCAGAGGCUGCAGAUAAUGCGUGGUCCUCCAAUAGCACCUCCUCUGCCUCGGCCUCCUCCACCUCCUCCCAUGAUGCUCCCUCCUUCACUACACGGCCAGACACCUCAGGGUGCAUCUCAGCCUAUCCAGCACAUGGCUGCUGGACCUCAGGUCAGUGAUAUGGUCUCAAUGGUAUCAGCCUCGACCACAAGACAGGGAGCCACGCCUACCGUCAAACCAACACCAUCAAUCAUCCAGGCAGCACCAACAGUGUACUCUGCUCCCCCUGCCCCUGUUGGACAUAAAAGAAAUGAUGUCAGAGCUCAGAGACAAGCCAGAAUGGAGGAACUGGCAGCACGGGUUGCAGAGCAGCAGGCAGCAGUGAUGGCAGCAGGUCUACUGGACAAGAAGGAGAGUGAAGACAGCAGUGCCGUCAUUGGACCCAGCAUGCCUGAGCAUGAGCCCCCCCACACUGAGCCUGUGGAAAGUGCUACAGAGGACAAAAAGAAAGCAAAGGUGGAGAAAGUGAAGAAGUGUAUCCGUACUGCAGCAGGGACCAGCUGGGAAGACCCCAGUCUGUUGGAGUGGGACACAGAUGAUUUCCGUAUAUUCUGCGGUGAUCUUGGUAAUGAGGUCAAUGAUGACAUACUUGCCAGAGCCUUCAGCAGAUACCCAUCUUUCCUCAAAGCCAAGGUGGUGAGAGACAAACGUACAGGAAAGACAAAGGGCUAUGGCUUCGUCAGCUUCAAAGAUCCAAAUGAUUACGUCAGAGCCAUGAGAGAGAUGAACGGUAAAUAUGUUGGCAGUCGUCCCAUCAAACUGAGGAAGAGCAUGUGGAAGGACCGUAACAUAGACGUUGUUCGCAAGAAACAGAAAGAGAAGAAGAAACUGGGUCUCAGAUAGUGUGUGUGUGUAUGUGUGACUGUGUUAUGCUCCCCAGUGGACAGACAGCAAGUGUGAAAGUAUAAUGACUUAAUUUGUUCUGUCCAUUCAGGAGAUUCACUGAGAUGUAUAGGUGUUAACUUUUUUUUCCUUUCUCAAAUAAAACAAACAUAUUUCUAA